GAAUAUAGAAAUCAUUCUCAUGAUUCAUCCUUUUCAUACCUAUAAUUGAUUUGAACUUGUAGUGGCAUCGCCGACCGCCGCCGUGAACGGUGAAGCAGACGACAGAGUAAAAUGACCCGGACCGCCGGUGUUGAGAGUCCGUCUCCUCGACCUCGAAUCCACCAGACUCAUCCACACGACACGCCCCAUUUCCACUCCACCCUCUCCGAACGCAAGCUCCGCCGUUUCAAUUCGUUGAUUUUCAUAUUCCGUCUCGCUGCCUUUUGCUUUGCUCUUUCCGCCGCUGUAUUCAUGCUCGCCGCCACUAAGUCCGUUUCCCCUCGCUGGUACGACUUCGGUGCCUUCCGGUUCGUUGUUGCAGCAAAUGGAAUAGUUGCUAUAUAUUCAUUGUUCGAAAUGGUUGCUUCUGUUUGGGAAAUUUCUCGAGGUUCCACCAUUUUUCCCGAAUUCUGUCAAGUCUGGUUUGAUUUUGGCCACGAUCAGGUUUUUGCGUACUUGUUGCUGUCGGCGGACUCGGCGGGGACUGAACUGGCGAGACAGCUGAGAGGGAUCGCCACGUGUACGGCUAACAAUGCGUUUUGCAUCCAAUCAGACAUCGCCAUAGCCUUGGGAUUCGCCGGAUUUUUGUUUCUGAUGAUCUCGUCGUUGCUAUCGGGAUUUAGAGUCGUCUGUUUCAUAAUCAACGGCUCCAGAUUUCAUCUGUAGGAUUAUUUCAGGUUGGAGACGCACCUGAUUAUUGUGACUUGUGAGGAAGACUGAUCUGAUAGGGCGUGCCGUGUUUGUCCCCUUCAAUGGUUUUGUUCCACGUGGCGAAGUGUACGAUUUUCCCCAUGCUUCGUGGGUGUUGGAGUCAAAUGAUGUGUUUCUCCGUUUUCAUUUUUUCCAACUCAUUUCAAAUAGAAAAAACCCACCUUUUGCGAAUAAGGAA